UGCCCAUGGAUGAGCUGGUGCAUGAUUUGGCCUCAGCCCUAGAGCAGACUUCUGAACAGAACAAGCUGGAUGAGUUGUGGGAAGAAAUGACUCUGAGUCCAAGGCAGCAACGGAGACAGCUUCGUAAGAGACGGGGCCGCAAACGGCGCUCGGACCUUACGCAUCAAGCAGAGCAUGCUUGCUGCUACAGCGGGGCCUCUGAAUCCAGUCUGGAUGAAGCUGUGGAGGACUGCCGGGAAGUGCUGACAGCCAACUUUAGUGAUUCAGACGACAUGGUAGGAAUCAAACGUCAUCCAGCGCUCAGUGGAACUCUCAGGAGUAAGCAGCACUCAUGGCACGAGUCAGAUUCGUUUACGGAAAAUGCACCUUGCCGACCACUCAGGCGACGUCGAAAAGUUAAGCGUGUGACAUCAGAAGUGGCUGCCAGCCUUCAGCAAAAACUUAGAGUGUCAGAAUGGAGUUAUGAAAAGGGUUGCAGGUUCAAGUCUGCUAAGAAACAGCGCCUUUCUCGGUGGAAGGAGAAUGCUCCUUGGACAUCUUCCAGUCGUGGACUCUGUGAAUCAGCAGAGACCAGGGCUUUCCUCAGCAAGGGGGGAAGGAAUGAGAGGAUGGAGUGUGAAGCAGAUGAACAGAAACAGGGUUCUGAUGAAAAUAUGUCUGAAUGUGAAACCAGCAGUGUAUGCAGCAGCAGUGACACUGGCCUGUUCACGAAUGACGAAGGCCGUCAAGGAGAUGAUGAGCAGAGUGACUGGUUCUAUGAGGGAGAAUGCGUCUCAGGGUUUACUGUCCCUAACCUUCUGCCCAAGUGGGGAACUGAUCACCGAUCUGAAAUAGAGCGAAUGGAUUCCAGCCUUGAAAAAGUUUCAGAUCCAACAUUCCUUCUGCCUUCUCGGCCUGCCACAAGAGGGUUUCAUGCCCGUUUGAACCGCCUUCCCAGUGUUGCUUCCCGUUGCCUCAGGAAGGGCCGCAGAAGGCUAGUUGGCAAGGAGACCAUCAUGAGUGCUAUUGGCACUGAGAGGAUUAGCCACAUCAUUGGUGAUCCAUGCCAAAAAGAUUUCUGGUUGCCAUCAGUGGGAAUGAGGGAUCACAACCAGUUCAACCCACUAUCUCCUUUGUACUCUUUGGAUGUUCUUUCUGAUGCCUCUCACCGAAGGUGCUCGUCAGCACACUGCACAGCCAGGCAGGCAAAUAUCCACCUUGGACCUCCGUGCUCAAGGGACAUCAAGAGAAAGAGAAAGCCAGUAAUGGCAACAGCCUCCGUUUCCAGUCCAGCCUCAGCAGCUUUAUCCAUCCACAUAGAUGCAUCAGAUCCUGGUCCACCAGUGCCACAUUCCCAGAGGCACCAGAACUGACUGGACAGUAUUUUCAUUGGAGAAAAGUACCAUUAUUGCCCCAAACAGCUCCUUUAAAAUGCCAUGGGAGAAAGUUCUUGACUGCUGCUAGAUGGAGGCAGCUCUUCCCUUGGAGAACCAGCUGGGUGUUCUGUUUGUUGAACUUAAAAGUAUGUCAGUAUCUUUAUCUGCUUUGAUUGGCAGUAGCCGUCUCUUCAGUGUUAGCAUGUGAUGUGGACCUCUGUCAAAAAGAUCUGUCUGCCCCACACAGUGUUUGUAAAAAAGCCUAACUGAAGCUGGGGUUUCCACUUUUUCAGUGUUGCUCCUGUUGCUGUGUAAGUAUUUACCAUAAUGCCUCCUUUAACACUGUGAUUAUAUUCCUAAAAAGCCGUGCGAAGUAAUACAGCUCUAUAAGAACACUGCUUCUAAUGGGGAUGUGUUCAGUGUCACCAUUUCUUAUGUAUGAAUGACAUGAUAGGUAACCAGAGGAGGUGGCAGCCACCACCUGACUGCCUCUGCUAAGCUCAUGUGCUGGAGCUUCCUCAUAAGCUCCUCCAGGUUGCCUUCCACACUGAGGCUUUCUCAGAGGAGAGCUGUAUCUGCCUUCUUUGUGAGCCCCACAGCUCCUGCUGAGUCAUGGCUCCUCGGUUGUGUACAUCUUUUAUAGAUCUCCAGUAUAGUUGCCCUGUCCACAGCACUGCCACAUCACUUCCAGCUGGGCCAGUUGUGCUGCAGAGCCACCACUCAACCCUCUCUUCCACAUUUUAUGUAAAAAUUACACCUAGGACAGAGAGUGCUAUAAUGCCUCGGCUUUAUUGAAAAUUUUUACUCUACUGCACACUCGUCUCCAAAGCCCAAGAUCUGUUUGGCAGCUGCUGGAGGUGUGCACAAAAUAUUACUGGAUAUUUCAGAUUCCUAUAUUUGUUGUAAAAUUCUUCAUCCCUUGGACAUUAUCGGCUCUAGAAGAUCCUGUGUUCUGCAGGAAAGAGUCUAAUUUUAGUGCUUUGGGGGAGAGCCCAUGGGGAGACAGAGCCCAUAUCUUUGGCAAGCAUAAAUGCUGAAAAGAAGCCAGCGGAGAUCUCUGGUUAAAAUAGAGGUUUGCAGAGGAUAAACACUUUACCUGAAUUGGGUGACUUUUGCAUUUGAAAUACUUUCAAAGGUGAUGUGUUGGCUCGAAUUUUGAGGAAGCGGACUGGCUUUGUCCUCCUCAGGAGUUUCUGUUGGCUUUCUAUAUGUACAACUCUCCUUCUAGGUUUUUUUCUCCUGUGUCAGUGGGGUAUCUGAGUAAUGUUUUUAAAUUAGGAUUCCUUUCCUGUUGGCCUUGCUUCUUGUGUUUCAUGAUGCACAAGUGAGCAGAACCAUAAAUGUACAGACUGGGCUGUCAUGUGGGCGGGCCUGCACUCUGCAGUAUAUAACCCUUAAAGCGAAUGACAAUGAAGUGGGCGACCAAUCAUGCUCUUCUGUUCUGGAAAUUUUUGCAAGACGUUGCCCAGCCAUUAAUCUGAAGUCCAUGUGUUUCAGUUCGAAUAGCCUUUUAAAUAUCUUGUUACAGUUCUAAUAGCCUUUUAAAUAUCUUGUUUCAUAAGUGUUUGUACAGGUAGGAUCACUUAAUCGAUCCUCUUCAAACUAAGAUAUUUCCUACAGUAUAAUCUCUCUCCUGGGCAGUACUAUAUGGGGAAGGAUAUACUAUUUUACAUUUCUGGUGGUAUUGCAUUUAGGAAGUGGUGUCUUUCCCCUCCCUCCAACAGCUUUUAUUUUCAUUGCUACCCAUUCUUCAGUACCCAUGAGCAGGAUUUCAGAAUAAUUCAAAUCAAAAUCAAGUUUUAGGUACCUCGACAGUCAGGAACCAAGAUUUUUUUUUGUCCUGUUUGCAGUAUGUUAUCUCUGUAUCUUAGCAAUGGCAGGGUACUCUUCUUUCUCGAAUGACCUGUUUGAACCCUCCUUAGGUUUUAUUUUCAUAAGAUGUGCCUGGUGAAUGAUAGAUAAUCAACCAUUUUAUCUUUGAUUAGAUCCCAUAGGUUUUAUGAUAGUUGAGGGAAGAAGAACCCUGCUGGAUCUGACCAAAGGUCCAUCUAGUCCAGCAUCCGGGUUGGCCACAGUGGCAGCCUUGUACGUUGAUGGUAUGAGGCCAGAACAAAUGAAACUACAGAUCUAAACUGCUGCUUGUAUGUAUAUGGAGCCCAAUCAUGGGAAACAAAUUGGAGCUUCUUAGAUGUAGAUGAAAGCUUAAUAUGUUUCAUUGUUUUUUUCCUGGUGUUUUGAUUUCUUUGUCUGUAACACACACAAAUGGACAAGAUGAUAUGGACAUAAGAAAAUGUAUUAACAGUAGAAAAUGUUAAAAUGGCAAUACUGUAAGCCACCAUCAAUUAUAUUCAUGGAUUUUGUCAUGUACGGUAUACCCAUUUUAUCAAAUAAUAUAGUACUAACUUAUACCUUAUUAGUAUAGUUACAUUAGUGAUGCCUUGUGUGUGCCUGAGCCAGUAACACCAGUCUUACAUCCUGACACAAAUUCUUUCCUAGAUAAAUACUUUCUGUGCUCUUAACUUUAAAAUUUAUGUGAAACAUACGAAGAGCAGGGCUUUUAUUCAGCAGGAACACGGUGGAACACAGUUCCGCCAUCUCUUGAAAGUAAUCAUGUGUUUGGUGGCCCUGCCCCCUGAUCCCAUUUCCUCCCUGUGUGCAGUCCAAGGCGCCCGGCUCUUUCGCGGCACGCUGAGCCUCAGUGGCGGUGAAACAGGAGCAAGCCCCACCCCCUAGCUUGUCAGGGAGGGGCUGCCUCUACUGCUGCUUCCUCAAGCGCUUUCCCCCGGCUGGAGGCAGAAGGGAGCCUCUCCGCCUGCGAGGGCAUGCCUGGUAGCAAAGCAGCAUGCGUGGCCAGUCGGCGCAGGAGAUUUCCUGUCCCAGGCGCGGAGACCAGGCACUGGCGCUUCCCCUUCCCAGCGCUCCUCCGCUCCAGCCCUGUGCCCAGGCAGUGGGGGGAGGGGCAGAGGGGCGGUCGCCCUGGGCACAAACUUUUUAGGGGGCGCCACGCCAAGGAAAGCUGCUCGUGCCGCCUGUUAUGCUGACGGGGAGGCUAGCUCCCUGGGAGCCGAGCUGGCCCUCCUGCAGCGGCUGCUGACUGAGGAAUGCACUGAGCUGGCAGGGUGGCGGCGUAGGCAGUGACACCAGAGGGGUGCCAGGUAAGCAGCAGGGAGGUGAGUGGGCCUGAAUCAUGGGAGCGCUCCCAGGGGGCAGGUGACAGUGGUGGAGGGGUGCCAAGUAAGGGGUGUGGAGGUGAGUGAGCCCGAAUUGCAGGAGUGCUCCUGGGGAGUGGCUGCACCCUGCACGAUGACAUCAGUUCCCAGAAGUGACGUCAUUGCACGGUCCCGGGAGCACGUGCGCGCGUGUGGCUCCAGGGGCGCCACCUCCUGCCGAGAGUUGCCCUGCAUGCUGGCAACCCACGCUGCACCAUUGAGUUCCACCACCUCUUUUCCCAGCAAAAAAGCCCUGACGAAGAGCCUGCUGGAUUGGACCAGUGGUCCAUCUUGACCAGUAUCCUGUCUUUCACAGUGACUAACCAGUUACUCUGGAGGGCCAGAAACAGAGCAUAGAGGUGUAGAAUCUGAGGCUUUCCCCUGUGUUGCUUCCUGGUGCUGGUAUUCAGAAGUUAACUCCCUCUAAAUGUGGAGGUUCCUUUUAGUAUCCAUGGCUAGUAGCCACUGAUAGACCUAUACUCCAUGAAUCUGUCUAAUCUUUAAAAACUGUCUAUGCCUGUGGCCAUCCCUGCAUCCUCUGGCAGUGAAUUCCACGUUUUAAUAACUCCUUGUGUAAAGAAGUAUUUCUUUUUGUCUGUCCUGAAUCUACUUCCCAACAGCUUAAUUGGUUGCCCUCAACUUCUAGUAUUUUGGAAGAAGGAGAAAAAGUUCUCCCUGUCUACUGUCUCUACCCUGUGCAUAACGUUAUAAACUUCUAUUUUGUCCCUCCUUGUCUCUUUUCUAAACUGAAAAGCCCCAGACUCUUCAGCCUUUCCUCAUAGGAAAGGCGCUCCAGCCUCUAAUCCUCUUGGUUGCCCUCUUUUGUAGUUUUCCAGCUCUGCAAUGUCCAUUUAAUCCUGUAUGAAGAUUUAUAAAAGAACUUGGAGAGCUACCAUCAUAAUUAUGUUUUUUCCAGUUUAGUCACUUUGGUCACAGUCAACCCCCCACUCCUGGAUGACAAGAGCAACCUCUUGUGUUGUGUGCACUCAGUACUAAACAGAUCUGUGCUGUGUAAUAGGUAGUAACUAGUGAUCAUAAGAUCUUGAAAAGUUCAUUCUUCUACUUUCUUUACUUCUUGAGUACAGAAUCAUUUGUAGGCACACAACUUAAAAGGGAUGCGCAUGAAAUACUCCCCAUCACUGAAAGUGGUACUGAAUUGCAGCUUCACUUGGUUCUUUAUUUUGGUGAACUGUUCUCUUAAUUUUUCCUCUUGUUUCUCCAUAUGGUGUCUAUAAAAUAUAAAUACUAAACUGAAAACCUUUUCCUAAUUGCUUUAAGGAAUCAGGGAAAAGGCACAAACAUAUAACUACAGCUUCUCUUUUAAACUUCACCUUUUUAAAAGAUGUAUUUAUUUGUAGGAAUGUAAAAUGCUUCAGUUGGUGUGCAUAGCCACUACUAUGCUUCAGUAUGUCCUGUUUUCAAAUAAAAUGAAUAAUUGUUUAGCAUCUGUAUCUUAUCAGGAUCCUGUGAAUUCUGCACACAUUCAAAUUCAAAUUCUGCCACAAAAUAAUAACCAGAAUUUUGUGACUUGAAUAUAUUUUUCAAGUAACACAAAUUGUCUAAACUUUUGUUCUGACUCCAAUUUUGAAAGCAGAUCUUUUUUUAAAAAAAAAUUGGUAGUAGCAGGCAGGUGUUCUUGGUCUUGCUUUAAACUUGAUGUUGGCUGGCAAGACAAAGAAAUUGAUCUGCAACUUUGCAUUUGUCUAGUGGCUUGCGUAAUGUGGGCCUCUUACGUAUCCAGUCCCAGUGUGUGCAUAAUGUUAGUGCACCAGCACUGUGCCCAUCUUGGCUAAUUAUCUCUGGCAUGCUAACACUGCACAUAGUAGAUGUGAGCCCAGCUUAAAGAAAUCAUUGGGCACGUGCCAUGUCAUGUGGGUACUACGGCAUCCAGAAUUAUUGUAGUCCUUUUGUGGCAGUUUUGUGAUACCUAACCUUGUCCCAGGGCUAGGCUCACAUUUUGCUAUUGUUACCUCUAAUCAUCAACUAGAAAUAGAAAUCUGAGAAAAACAUGAAGGCUGCACCAGGCCUCUCUCACAGCAUGGUUGUUUCAAUCUGUAUGAAUGUGGUAGCUGCUCUCACUCGCUGGUCAGUUUUGUUUAUACUGGUCUGUGGAUCUGUCUCCAUUGUAUGUAUUUGUCUGUUGUUGCAUACAGUGUUUUCCAAUGACAUGGACAACCUACAUGGUGAGAGCUAUCCAUGGGAUGAAGUGCUACCCCCCAAACCAGUUGGCAGCAGGGAGCACAGCGGCUGUGGAUUUUACAUAUGGGGGACCUGAAGAUAAAUUACAUGUAUACACAGAAUAUCUGUGUCUGACACCCUUCAAGCCUCAUGUAGAUGAUCUUAGUUAUGACCAUACUCCCUGUUCUUUCCACCCCUCUGCAUGUGUAAUCCUGCCAAAUAUUUUAUAAACAGUAGCGUGGUGCUGGGGGCAGGGGGAGAGACACCCAGUUAGCGGUGCUUUUCAGAGAUCCAUUGAUGUUUAUACUUUCAAGCAGAACAAUCAAGAAAAUGCUACAUGCUCUUCAUUAGUCCUUUUUAAACAAUAGCCUUUUACGGCAGAAAUCAAGCAUUUUCACAUAGAUAAAAGUCAUGGUGCCAAAUUGUCUUUGUUCUGUAAACUCAUAGGAACUUGGUUUUGUAGAUACAAUGGUGGGGCUUUGUGUUUGCAAUUCCCCCCCUGCUAUGUUUACUUUAAUCUGUAUGUAAUAUUACUGCAUUCAUAUCAUGAUCAUGAUUACAAAUAUCUAGGCUAAACUUAGAUUCAGGUAGCAGUCUGUGUCUAGCUCUCAUUCUGGAGCUACAGUUAAUGUGUAGUUCUAUGCUUAUUUUUCAGAUAUUUUUAACAAUGUAGUUGCAGUGGUUUCUGUUUAAUAAGAGAGACUGGUACAUUCUCCUUGCAGGGGGAUUCAAGUACCUGAAUAUUUUCCAGCAGGAAUAAAAUCAGCAUUCAAGAGGGUGGGGUUUGAAAGAAAAAUAGCGCAGGGAUGAAAUUAAAUAGCCCCUCUCCCUGUGCCGGCCUUUUAAAUCAAAGUCACUGCUGCAUUCUGCUAAAAAUAAAUUAGGGGAAAUAAGCACAGAACUUCAUAGGGCAUGUAGUUCGGCCUUCACUUAGGUGGCAACUCCGAGACUAGACUAAACUGCUUCAAAAUGGAGGGGUUGGCCCUUUUCUAUACAAAAAGCUCUUUUACAUAAACUAGCAUGUCAGGAAGAAAGAUACUAAGCUGAUGUUCUUGAACAAGAAACAAAAUCCAGGUGUUACCUUUUAUUAGGGCCAAGCAAAAUGACACAAAGCAUUGUGCAAGCUUUUGAGCUCAUCAGAACUCUUCAUCAGGCUAAAUUGUGAUAAAAAAUUAAAAAUGAAGGGGGAUGGGUUCCAGGUAAAGAUGGUAAGGAUCUGGUCAGCCUUUUUUUUAAUAGAUGCUGACAGGCUCACAGACGCUUGUUUAAUUAUUGUAGGUGUUCGAUUACAGUGCUUGCAUUCUGGGUAGAAGCAGCACAGGUGUUCUUCCUGAGAUGCUAAUAUUAUGUGACAUGAGAGCUUGUUGUAUGAAAGGACCUUUCAUUAUAUGAGCUGCUGUUUACAGUCUUGAAGUAGUAUGAUACAAGUUUGCCACUUCAGUGAGAGAAGCCUGUACGUGAACUUUUUCUAAGUGCAUCUUCUCGGAAAUCCAUGAAGCUGCUCAUAUCUGUAAAUGUUGUGGAGGUUUACUAAAAGUGGCAGCUAUUCUGAGCCUGGGCACCUCUGAUGUUUGAGGAACCCUGUGCCACAUCAGUAGUCAUAACAAACACUUCCCUUCCACAGGAGUUUUACCCAUUAUAAUCUCUGCAAGGCUUUUCCUGUCUUCACAUGCAAACCUCUUGCAGGUCAAUCAUGUAUUGACCUUGAACGCUUGAGAGUUUUGCAGGCUCCUUUUGAGGCAAGUGUUUAUAUGCUGUGUUGUGACUCUGGAAUUUAUUUUUAAAACAUUGUUUAGAAAGCAGCAUGCUUAAUAUGUUAAAUAAAAGUUUUCUGCAAACUGA